AUGGAGGAGCGGGUGAAGCGAUACAGAUCAUUAGGCCACGCAGUCAAUCUUGUCACUUUAGAGGACAGAAGUUAUCCAGCCUCUGUAAUCGCCUUUACCGAUGAUGACUUGCAAGGAGUGCACCUACCCCAUGACGAUCCUCUCGUCAUUUCGCUACAGGUCGACCAUUGCCAGUUGGGUAGAGUUCUAGUUGAUGGGGGCAGUGGGGUUGACAUCCUCUUUUGGGAAGCCUUCCAGAAGAUGGGGCUAGAGGAAAAUCAGAUCUGGCCCUCUACUAUCCCCAUUUUGGGAUUUAACAGCCAGAGAGUAUACCCAAAAGGCGUCAUGCGAUUAACCGUGGUGGCCGCGGAGCGUACCCUGCCAGUAGAUUUCCUCAUUAUAGAUUCCAUCACAAGCUAUAAUGCCAUCGUGGGGAGAAAUUGGAUCCACAGGAUGCAAGGGGUAGUCUCGACUUUGCAUCAGGUGAUGCGAUGCCUCUCGUCCAACGGGCGCUACACCAUCGACAUCAAGGGAUGUCAGAAGCAGGCCAAAAAGUGCUUCCUUACCUUGAAAGAAAUAAACAGUUCUAGCACUUCCUCCCAUAACGACAAUCCUGACAAAUAG